UCACUUAGAUUGUUAAUUUUGAUUGUUGCUAGUUCCAAUUGUUUAUUUACGUCUCAUCAAUAUUUAAUAUUCAAUAAAAAUAUGAGUACCACAUGUAAGUAUUGCAAUGAGCCGGAAGAUAAACAGUACCGACCAGGUCUUAUAUGCGAAAGUUGCAUAUGUUUCGUCCACUUAACCUGUUUGAAAAGAGCAGGAACACCGGGUGACCUAUCCGGAGAUGUUUUCUUUGAUUAUACGUGCGAAGACUGUUCGGCGGAGAAGGAAGAAAUUUUUAAACGAACGAAGAUUCUCUGGGUUCAUGCUCUCCUAUUAACUUUAUAUCAUCUGAGGAAUCAUAUGAGCGGGAUGAGUAAUCAUAGGUAUUUCCACUACAAGACACACAUUUGCUCCUUCAUAGAUAGGUCUUGGAUGCAACUGUUUGGACCUAAGUUUAAGCAGAAGAAAAAUUGGAUUGGUACAAUAGCAGGCGCCUUGUCAGUAUAUAGCAACUUACUGUUUCAAUCAGGCUUGGCACAGCUAGGAGAGAGUGGUUGGUGGAAGUUAAAACACAAUUUUAGCCCAGCCGCUGCUGCUCAUAUAAUACAAGAGAUUUCGCGCGACAAGACCAAAUCCCGGCCAAAAAAUCAGCUAGGAGUGGAUAUGACUCUCUUUAUUGCUAAAGUCACGGAAUUAGGGUACAAAGACCAGUUAGUCGAAGAGGAAGUGUUUACCUCACCAAAUCCCACACCCGCUAAGAAAAGGCGUUUGGAGUUUGAAGAUUUUCUACCAUCUGAUGUUCAGGACUAUGUAAAAGAAGAGAAACUAAUGUCACCGGUGAAGCAAGAAGUGGAAGAUUACUAUGAAGCGUCAACAGCCAGUAUCUCAUCGCGAGAUAAUUUUUCUGAUAUGGAUUUUCUAAAAGAAAAAUUUGAUUAUCCGGCUUAUAUACCGCCUAUAAAUUUUCAAAGUGAUUCAUCAAGCGUACACUCGUACAAAUAUUCGUAUAACUGCGAUUCGGAUAGUUCGCUUCGUGAGCUUCCCUCUGAUACGGAAGUUAAAAAGGAAAAGACAAAGAGAACCGAAGAAAAACCUUAUAUCAGGAGAGAGAGUUUAUUUUCUACGCAGUUGAAUUCUGUCGACAUGCCCUGGUUAAGCCCACCCGAGCCCACCAAUGAUGUUGUUGAAAUGACGGAAUAUGAAGAAAUACAACUCCUCAAAACUAUUGAGGCCUUGGUACUUAAAGUACGGGAAAGUGAGAAAAAGGCCUAUCUCUCUCAACUUAAGGCCAAACUGGCUCUACGCAGGCUAAAACGACAUAAGCAUAUUCCUGUUUUUGAUCUUGAUAAGACUGUGAAGAUCCUGGGCGGUUACGUCACAGAAGACAAGAAGAUCAUCUCCAAUAUUGAACGUGUACUCGACAGAUUCCAGAGAUCUUACCUUAUAGACAACCUUAGUGGUACGAUAGCGAGUACGAACUAUGGCACAGUGUUGUUAUCCAGCAUGGAGACUGCGCCCUUUAGGUCGAGUUAUUCUGGCGCUACCCUUAAACCGUUUAUACGACGAGAUAAUGAGACUACCCCCAUCUGGCUUAAACUUAUGGACGAGCUGCUAAGAAAAACGCAUAAGCACGAAGAAGCGUACAAGCCGCCACCGCGCGCGACUAUCGACUAUUCAUAUUUAAAACCACAACAUAUUGCGGCCGUCAACAAACUAUGCGCGCAGUACUUCUGGCCUGGGAUUGACUUGACAGAAGCCCUGCAGUACCCUGAGUUUAGCUGCGUUGUGACAUACAAGAAAUUAGUAAUAGGAUGUGCCUUUCUAGUUCCGGAUGUUGGACACAAUCAAGCAUAUAUCUCAUUUGUAUUGACACGGCCCGAAUGGCGAAGAGCAAAUAUUGCAACAUUCAUGUUAUAUCAUCUCUUACAGACAUGCUCUGGCCAGGAUGUGACACUGCAUGUCUCUCCUACAAAUCCAGCCAUAUUUCUAUAUCAAAAAUUUGGUUUUAAGGUCGAAGAGUUAAUUCAAGAUUUUUACGAAAAAUACUACAACAUGGAUUACAAAGGAUGUCGACACGCACUGUUCCUUCGACUAGUCCGAUGAUAAAUUAUGUAU